AUGGGCUCCACCACCAAGCCCUCUCCCCCACUGUCCGACAAAUCGCGCAUUCAUAUUCCCCUUACUCCUGGUCAUCUUUCUAAGUUCACUAAAACCGCUAAACUAGGGUUCGCGGGUCUGGGUACUGCGAUAGAAUGCCAUCGCCAGGGCCUCUCUGUUGCGGUUUAUGAGCGAUUUCCUGAAUUGAAACCACUUGGUGAUAUACUAUCAUUCGGGAGUAAUGGAGGUCGGAUCUUUGCACGAUGGGGCCCAGUGGUCGACCGCAUGCUUCCUGUGAGCAUCAAUCUCCAGGACUACGGGUUUCGCAUUCAUAAGUACACGGGAGAGCAUGUCCACACACAAGAUUCCAUGCCCUUUAAUCGACAGGCCCCCACAAUUAAUGGACAUCGGGGAGAGCUACACCAGAUCCUUUUCAACUAUGCUCGGGACGAUCUGAAAAUUCCCAUUCAUCUCGGUUGCGAGGUGACAGGGUACUUCGAGAGCACCACUGGGGCAGGAAUCCAGCUCGUAUCCGGAGAAAAGAUCUAUGGAGAUGUUGUCAUUGGCUCAGAUGGUGUCCGCUCCCAAGCUCGAGCCUUGGUUCUAGGUUGUGAGACAAAGCUGGAAUCUAGUGGUUAUGCUAUCUUUCGCGCUUGGUUCUCGAACGAGGAUAUCCUCGCUGAUCCUCUGACAAGGCAUCUAUGUGAGAAUGGAGAUACAUUCAAUGGCUGGAUCGGCCCAGAUGUACAUCUACUGGUCUCAUCCUUGAAAGGGGGCAAGGAUGUCUGUUGGGUACUAACGCAUAAGGAUACAUCUGCUAUCAGCGAUCGCUGGUCCUUUCCGGGCAAACUUGCGGAUGUCUAUAAGGUCCUAGAAGGUUGGGACCCAAUCUGCAAGCGCAUCGUUUCAAAAACCCCCGAAUCGUCCCUGGUCGAUUGGAAGCUCAUCUGGCAAGAUCCUUUGCGUACCUGGGUUAGCAAACAGGGACGCAUUGCUCUUGCUGGAGACUCCGCUCAUGCAUUCCUUCCAACAUCCGCCCAGGGAGCAACUCAGGCGCUAGAGGAUGGCGUCACAAUCGCUAUUUGUCUGAGUCGGGCUGGAAAGUCCAGGAUUCCAGACGCUCUACGGGCUUUUGAAACAAUUCGGUAUGAGCGUGUACGGAAAGUACAGGAAACAGGUAAAACAACUCGGGAUAAAUGGCACAAUGCGAGGUGGGAUAAUGUAAAACGCGAUCCCAAGGCUAUCGAACUGCCACGAGAGGACUGGAUCUUGAAUCAUGACGCAGAGGAGUAUGCGAACAAAAUGUGUGAGGAGAUAUUCGGUGCCAGCUCCAACGGAAUGGGAAGGGGAGAAAGCAGACUCUGA